AUGCGAGACCUAACAGCACAAGUGACGAGUGGUCUCCUGCACUUCCCUGAAGUAACUAUUCAAGCCCUUGGAGAAGAUGAAAUAACACUUGAAUCUGUACUUCGUGGAAAGUUUACUUCAGGGAAAAGUGGACUUGCUUGCUUGGCUUGUGGUCCGCAGCUGGAGGUAGUAAACUCUGUAACAGGAGCUCGAUUAUCUGCGUAUAGAUUUAAUGGGGUAAGUGACCAGCCCCCUGUGAUUCUUGCCGUGAGAGAAUUCUCUUGGCAGAAGAAAACUGGACUACUCAUUGGAUUGGAAGAAGCAGAAGGCAGUGUCCUCUGUCUCUAUGACCUUGGUGUAUCAAGAGUGGUUAAAGCCGUCAUUCUUCCUGGAAGGGUAACCAAUAUUGAACCUAUAGUUAAUCGUGGAGGAGCCAGCACAGGCACUCAGCAUUUACACCCUGGGCUGCGAUGGUUUUUUGGGGUGGCAGCCGUGGCCACUGACAUUGGACAGAUCCUGCUUCUUGACCUGUGUUUGGAUGACUUGUGCAGUCAGAAUGAAGUUGAGGCAUCAGACCUUGAAGUUUUAACUGGUGUUCCAGCUGAAGUACCACAGCUCCGAGAAAAUGUGUUGCAGGAAGGACGGCAUCUGUGCUUCCAGUUGACGAGCCCUUCGGGGACACCUGUGUCAACUCUUAGUUUCAUCAGCAGGACGAACCACCUGGCUGUAGGCUCUUCUGAUGGCUUUCUAGCACUUUGGAAUAUGAAAAGCUUGAAGAGAGAAUAUUACACACAGCUGGAAGGUGGAAGAGUUCCUGUAUAUGCUGUUACUUUUCAAGAACCUGAGAAUGAUCCUCGUAAUUGCUGUUACUUGUGGGCUGUUCAGUCUGCACAAGAUAGGGAGGGAGAUGUGUUGAGUUUGCAUCUACUCCAGCUGGCUUUCGGUGACCGAAAGUGUCUCGCAUCAGGACAAAUCUUAUAUGAGGGAUUAGAGUACUGUGAAGAAAGAUACACCCUGGACCUCACAUGUGGCACAUUUCCUUUGAGAGGACAGACUACUAAUACUAAACUCUUGGGAUGCCAGACUAUAGAGAAAUUUCGUUCUCACAGUGAUAGGGAGGAAAGCAUGCAUGAAGUUCUGUCUCCCGACACUAGUGUUUCAGUAUUUACCUGGCAGGUGAAUGUAUAUGGACAGGGAAAGCCUUCUAUUUAUUUGGGACUUUUUGACAUAAAUCGUUGGUAUCAUGCACAGAUGCCAGAUUCAUUAAGAUCAGGGGAAUAUUUACAUAACUGCUCUUACUUUGCACUGUGGUCAUUGGAUUCUGUUGUAAGUAAGACUUCCCCACAUUACAUCUUGGAUAUAUUAGUCCAUGAGAGAAGCUUAAGUCGAGGCGUUCCUCCAUUGUAUCCACCUCCUGAGCAGUUUUUUAACCCAAGUACUUACAGUUUUGAUGCCACUUGUUUGUUAAACUCAGGAGUUGUUCAUAUAACUUGUACUGGCUUUCAGAAAGAGACUCUGACGUUUUUACGGAAAUCGGGACCGUCUCUCAAUGAGGUCAUUCCUGAUGGUUACAAUCGGUGUCUGGUGGCGGGCCUUCUCUCGCCAAGACUUACUGAUAUGCAGCCUUCCACCUUAAGUCAAGAAGAACAGUUAGAAGCAAUAUUGUCAGCAGCAAUUCACACAAAUUCUCUGGGACUUUUGACUGGCAGUAUCAGAAGGUGGAUAGCAAAUGAGCAACCAAAUUCUGCUGCUAACUUACGCUUGGUUCUUGAAUGGACAUGGAAUAAAAUGAUUGUUACAAAAGAAGAAUUUGACAGACUAUGUGCUCCAUUAUUUGAUGGUUCGUGCCAUUUCGUCGACCCACAGAUCACACAGUGUGUCCAGCAGUGCUAUGUGCUUUUUGGCAACCUUAGCACAGUCUUAGGCUGUUUUGCUACAGAGGCCCAAGAGGUCACCAACAGAGGACUAAUGGAUUUACACAGUAAGCACGUGGUUUCUCGGCUCAUCUGUCAGUAUGCACAAAUGGUGCUUUGGUUCUGUCAUUCUGGACUUCUACCAGAGGGAUUAGAUGAUGCUGUGCAGUUGUCAAGCUUACGCUACAACUACUCUGUAAUUCAGAACUACUACACCAGUCGUCGGCAGAGCUGUGAGCACCUGUCAAGAGGGAAGUGGAACCCUGAUUGCUUGAUGAUUGAUGGAUUGGUUUCUCAGUUAGGAGGUCGAAUUGAGAAUCUUUGGAAACGAGAUGAAGGAGGCACCGGAAGAUACCCUCCUACUAGUCUACAUGCUCUUCUGGACAUCUAUCUGCUAGACAAUGUUUCUGAAACAAUCAAACAUGCUAUUACCAUUUAUUUGUUGCUGGAUAUUAUAUAUUCCUUUCCAGACAAAACGGAGACUUCAGUUGCAUCCUUUCCAGGUGCUUUUGCCAUUUCUUGGGGCCAGGUUAAACUUAUUCAAGGUUUUUGGCUGCUCGACCAUAGUGAUUAUGAGAGUGCUCUGGAUAUUCUUUUCCACCCAACCACAGCAAAGCCAAUGACAUGGCAGCACUCAAGGAUUCUUCAGGCCUUCAUGUGCCAGGGCGAACACAAACACGCCCUCAGGUAUAUCCAGACCCUAAAGCCACCUGUGGCCAGCAGUGAGGAUGUUCUCCUUCACCUCACUGUUUUACUUUUUAAUCGGUGUAUGGUGGAGGCCUGGACUCUCCUACGACUUCAUUCUCACAGCUUGAAUGUCGAGGAGUUACUCAAGCACACAUAUGAAGUCUGCCAGGAGAAGGGCUUAAUGGAAGAUUUACUGAAGUUACCAUUUACAGACAUUGAGCAGGAGUGCUUAGUGAAAUUUUUGCAGUCCAGUGCCAAUGCUCAGAAUCAUGAGUUCCUUUUAGUUCACCAUUUGCAGCGUGCCAAUUAUAUUCCUGCAUUAAAGUUAAACCAAACUCUGAAGAUGAAUCUUAAGAAUGAUCGUGAUCCUUGUUUACGUGAGAGGUCUGUGGCUCGCAAUUCUAUGCUUGACCAGUAUGGGAAGGUCCUUCCCAGAGUCCAAAGAGAGCUGGCCACGGAGCGAGCCAAGCCUUACCGCCUGCCAUCAGCGUCAGUAUUUCGCCAAGUUACUAAACCCAAACCACUGUCAGCAGUUCCCAAACCAGCUGCCAGAGCAACUGUGCUGUCCAGAUCCACUUUCAUCAAUAGCGUGUUAACUAAAAUCGGAGAAGUCUGGGCCGGCAAUGACCCCAAAACCAGCAGUUCUCCUAGCAUUAGUUGCCACAUGGACGUCCCAUCUCCUGCAGUGCGUGCUCUCCCUGAUGCAGAGCUGUCUCAGGCUUUUGUUGGAACACCAAUCUCAAAAGCACCACAUAUUUCUAGACUCCUGGAUUUGGUUCGUCCUGUUCCCCAGGCUUCACAGUAUUUGAGCUUUGUUCAGCCAUCCCCUACCGCAGGAUUUUCUCAUUUGUCCCCAGUGUCCAACUUAUUACCACUAAAUGAAUUAAAAGGGUCACCUCAAAACACCUCGGGUGCAUCAGAAUUUAAUUUACUUGAAACUCCUCUUGUUGUUAAGAAAGCUAAAACUUUGGCCAUGUCGGUUGCUUCCACUGGAUUUGCAGAAUUCACCCCUCAAUCCAUCCUAAGGUCUGGUCUUCGAACAACACCUUUAGCAUCUCCUUCUUUGUCCUCUGGAAGGUCUUUUACUCCUCCUUUACGACUAAAAGAAACAAAAAUUUCAUUCAUGGAGGAAGGCUCUGCCAUCAAGUGGACUACUGAAGUUGCCAGUAGAAGCAAAACCGGGGCAUUUAUUACUACACCUUUUGCCAAAGAUGCACUUCAAGCAGAAACCGAGUGGCUGAUGUGCAAAGAUAAACCCAUAUCUUUUUCCCUGGGUGGUCCUGAGACUGACCAUCCAGAAAUAGCUAUAAUGUCACUAGAUACGCCUUCCCAAGCUUUGGAGAAACUAGACAUGAGCAAAGAAAGCAGCAUGACUUCAACCAGAUCAGACCUCACCUCAUUGGAGUACCAGGAUGCUCCAUCCCCUGGAGAGUCACAAGAUACAGUUUUGAGGGCCUCUAAGCAAGAAGGCUCUUCAGCUGAAAUAAUCACUAACUUAACAGAACCAGUGGAAAUGGAAGAUGAUAAAGAUGAGCCCGAGUCACAAGUGACUUCUCCACACCGAGACAAACAAACUGGCACUUUAGAAGUUACGGAAACAAAAGAUCACAUUCCAGAGGGGACAAUUUUAGAAUUGCCUGAGCAGUCAAGCCCUGUUCAGGGACUUGAUACUUCUUGUGCACCGUCAGUCCACGAAGGGAAAGUCUUCCUCCCGGAAUCUGUGGUACCAGUUUUGGAUGAAGGACUAGAAGGAUCUGUUGAAAACUUCAUCUCUGCAAGUACAGCAGAUAACAAUAAAUCUCUGGUGGAUACCUUAACUGAUAGCGGAGACUCUGAUCCUAUUGCCUUUGAAAGUCCUAUUAUCUCUGAACAUACGCUUGAUCAGGAAAUAGCAUUGAACCUAAAAGAAGUUAAUGAAAUGGAUACUGAUGUGCAAAAACAAAAUCUAUCAGCUGAAAAGCCUCCAAUUUCUGAUGGUCCUUCAGAUGCUCACGAAAUUCAUGUGACUGAAAGUGAAAAAGUUGAAGCUCAAGAUUUAGGAGAAGAGACUAGGAAUCUCUCGCAUAAUGAGUUAUAUCCCUCAGGAACUCUUAAAUUUCGGUAUAAUUUUGAUACCAUUGAACACCAGUUUCAUGACUUACCUGAUAACAAAGACUCUGCUGAGAGUGAUGCUGCCGAAGGGGAUGGAGAACUUUUUGUGGCUCAGAGCAACUUUACCUUAAUAUUGGAAGGUGAAGAAGGAGAAGUUGAAACGGAUGAUUUCACAGCAUCGAACAUAUUAGUUAAAGCCACUGACACAGCAACUGAGGAAGAAUUUGUGCACCUUGGGGAAGAUGAUAAUCAUGGGCAUAUUGCAAAUUUGCCUUCUCUCAUAAAAAGUGACCAAGAGUCUCAAAAAGGAGAGACCUUGCCAUAUGUGCCUGAACCCAUUAAAACAGCGAUUGCCGAGAACUUACUAGGUGUCAUUAAAGACACAAGAAGCAAAGACGCAACUUCGGAAACAGUGGAACAGUCUAUUCAUGAAAACAUGCCUUUAAUAAGCCACAAAGUAACGCCUUCCACCAGCUUAAUCAAAACUCCGUUGAAAACUAUGGAGGAAACCAGUAUGGUCACUAAAAAUGUUAGCCAGGUAGAGGACACAGUUGCCUCCAGAACUCGCAUGCGAGGACGCCGUGUCCAGAGCCUUAAUAUCCCAUCACAACAGGAGGAGCCAGCUGCUUCUCCCGCUGCUAGUGUUCCUGGGCUUUCUGUUACAAAGAAAAGUAGGAGAACAAAAAAUACUUCUCAUGCUUCUGAAAAUGUCUCUCCUGAUGACGUCAAAGGACUAGCUCAGAGCCAGCGGAUCCCUCAAACUCCUGUUACUCCUAAGAGAGGAAGGAGGAAAAGAAAUACUGACCAAGACACCUCGGAAAGCAGUGACCCUGCAAGACAGGAGCCACACCUCCCUGCAGGUAAGGAGUUAAGACAUUUAGAGUCAUCUCAGCUUUUGGAACCGGCCACUGAAGAAACUUCUUUUAACAAAGAAAUUACACUUACCUCUGCCUCAAAAAAGACUCCUAAGAGGGUUAAAAAGUCUGUUGCGAAUCAGGAAGGAGUUGAAAUGUUAAAUGAUCCAAAAAUUAAUACAGUGGCAAGUCCUAACAGAAGUAUAAGAAAGUUGAGAAGUGCUCGUUUGACAGCCUCUGAAGAUAAAGAAUUUAAACAGGAAUCAAAGUCCAGUGACCAGCAUUUAGCUAUUGAAGGCAGCAGAAAAGUCAAAGAGAAAGAUGUGAGUAUAUCAGAUGCAAUGGAUCACUCUAAAUUUGAGUCAUCGCAAUUGACAACUCAGGCAGAAUUUGAUAUACCUGCCACACCUAGGAAACGUGGAAGGCCAAGAAAAAUCGAGCCAUCUGCAGGUCCAGGAUCAAAGGCUUUUGAGGGAGAGGGGAGCCCCCCAAAAAAGAAGGCUCUUAUCAGCCAGAGGAGGUCAGCAAGGAACGCUCCAGCCAGAAGUGAAAAUACUGACAUGGGAAAGCCAGCUUUAGAAGUCUCUGUUUUAUUGCCAAAUGAAGAGCUUGCUCCUGUGGCAAGUUCUAAGAAGAGUACUACCAAAAGCAAUAGGAAGCAGAGCCAAAAACGCUCCUUACACACAGUAUCAGAAGAGCGCUUAGCUAAAGAGGUGGCAAGCAAAGAAUCUGCUUGUCAAGAAGGAUUGCUUGCUGCCUCUGUUCUGACUGACUCCUCUCGGAGCACAAGGACUCGAUCUAACAGGGGUAUCUUGCUGCCAGACCUUUCUGAACCAGCCAGUGAGCCUCUCUUAUUUUCAUCUGUGUCAAAAGUUCCAAAGAAAGAGAAAGCUAAGAAAAUAGAAGCUUCUACACAGCUGAAAGAAUUGGUUUCAGAUUUAUCUUCACCAUUUGUCUUCUCACCUCCUACUUUGAGGACCAGACAAAAAAAUUCGUCAGAUAUGUCCAAGCUUAUAGAUAAAUCGGAAGAUCAUCCUAAAUUGACAGAAACUGUGGAAAAACAAGAGGUGAAACGACUCAAGACGCCAAAAACAAAGCAGGCGCGCAGACAAGUUGAAGAAGAAGGAAGUCCUUGGACGACUCCUCCAGUAGAAAUUAAGCUCAUUUCUCCCUUGGCAAGCCCAGUUGAAGGAGUCAAGAGAGAACGGAGAAGGACCACUGAAGGAGUAGGGAGAGUCCUUGGGAGGACUCGAAAGAAACCAUCUCCCUUUCCAAAGCAAAUCUUACGCAGAAAGAUGCUGUAA